UCCAGAGAGCAGGAAGAUGAUUGAGUCUCUGGGAAAACUGGCUUUUGAUCAGCUGCAGAAAGGAAACCUGAUCUUCUAUGAAUCAGACCUGACAGAGUGUGGCAUCGAUAUCAGAGCAGCCUCAGUGUACUCAGGAGUGUUCACACAGAUCUUUAAAGAGGAGAGAGGUCUGUACCAGGACAAGGUGUUCUGCUUCGUCCAUCUGAGUGUUCAGGAGUUUUUGGCUGCUCUUCAUGUUCAUCGGACCUUCAUUAACUCUGGAGUCAACCUGAUGGAAGAAAAACAAACAUCUGAGAGCCUUUCAUUAUCUAGAGACUCUAAACUAAAUUCUCUCCAUCAGAGAGCUGUUGACCAGGCCUUACAGAGUCCAAAUGGACACCUGGACUUGUUCCUUCGCUUCCUCCUGGGACUUUCACUGCAGACCAAUCAGAGACUCCUACAAGGUCUGCUGACACAGACAGGAAGUAGCUCACAGACCAAUCAGGAAACAGUUCAAUACAUCAAGGAGAAGAUCAGUGAGAAUGUGUCUGCAGAGAAAAGCAUCAAUCUGUUCCACUGUCUGAAUGAACUGAAUGAUCGUUCUCUAGUGGAGGAGAUCCAACAGUCUCUGAGUUCAGGAAGUCUCUCCACAGAUAAACUGUCUCCUGCUCAGUGGUCAGCUCUGGGUUUCAUCUUAGUGUCAUCAGGAAAAGAUCUGGAUGUGUUUGACCUGAAGAAAUACUCUGCUUCAGAGGAGAUUCUUCUGAGGCUGUUGCCAGUGGUUAAAGCCUCCAACAAAGUUCUACUGAGUGGCUCUAACCUCUCAGAGAGAAGCUGUGAAGCUCUGUCCUCAGUUCUCAGCUCCCAGUCCUCCAGUCUCAGAGAACUGGACCUGAGUAACAACAACCUGCAGGAUUCAGGAGUGAAGCUUCUCUCUGCUGGACUGAAGAGUCCAAACUGCAACCUGGAAACUCUCAGACUGAGUGUCUGUAACCUCUCAGAGAGAAGCUGUGAAGCUCUGUCCUCAGUUCUCAGCUCCCAGUCCUCCAGUCUCAGAGAACUGGACCUGAGUAACAACAACCUGCAGGAUUCAGGAGUGAAGCUUCUCUCUGCUGGACUGAAGAGUCCAAACUGCAACCUGGAAACUCUCAGCUUAUCAGGCUGUUUAGUCUCAAAGAAAGGCUGUGCUUCUCUGGCCUCAGCUCUGACCUCCAACCCCUCCCAUCUGAAAGAGUUGGACCUGAGCUACAAUCAUCCAGGAGACUCAGGAGUGAAGCUGCUGUCGGCUGGACUGAAGGAUCCACACUGGAGACUGGAAGCUCUCAGACUGAGUGGCUGUAACCUCUCAUGGAGAAGCUGUGAAGCUCUGUCCUCAGUUCUCAGCUCCCAGUCCUCCAGUCUCAGAGAACUGGACCUGAGUAACAACAACCUGCAGGAUUCAGGAGUGAAGCUUCUCUCUGCUGGACUGAAGAGUCCAAACUGCAACCUGGAAACUCUCAGCUUAUCAGGCUGUUUGGUCUCAGAGGAAGGCUGUGCUUCUCUGGCCUCAGCUCUGACCUCCAACCCCUCCCAUCUGAAAGAGUUGGACCUGAGCUACAAUCAUCCAGGAGACUCAGGAGUGAAGCUGCUGUGGGCUGGACUGAAGGAUCCACACUGGAGACUGGAAGCUCUCAGACUGAGUUACUGUAACCUCUCAGAGAGAAGCUGUGAAGCUCUGUCCUCAGUUCUCAGCUCCCAGUCCUCCAGUCUCAGAGAACUGGACCUGAGUAACAACAACCUGCAGGAUUCAGGAGUGAAGCUUCUCUCUGCUGGACUGAAGAGUCCAAACUGCAACCUGGAAACUCUCAGCUUAUCAGGCUGUUUGGUCUCAGAGGAAGGCUGUGCUUCUCUGGCCUCAGCUCUGACCUCCAACCCCUCCCAUCUGAAAGAGUUGGACCUGAGCUACAAUCAUCCAGGAGACUCAGGAGUGAAGCUGCUGUCGGCUGGACUGAAGGAUCCACACUGGAGACUGGAAGCUCUCAGGGUGAGGCCUGCUGGAGGCCGAUUCUUGACUCCAGGUCUGAGGAAAUAUUCCUGUCAACUCACCAUCGACACAAACACAGUGAGCAGAAAACUCAAACUGUCUGAAGACAACAGGAAGGUGACAUGGGAGGAGCUUCAGUCAUAUCCUGGUCAUCCAGACAGAUUUGAUUUUCCUCAGCUGCUGUGUAGAACUGGUCUGACUGGUCGCUGUUACUGGGAGGUUGAGUGGAGAGGAGAUGUUAAUAUAUCAGUGAGUUACAGAAGAAUCAGGAGGAAAGGAUUCAGUAGAGACAGUUUGUUUGGAUGGAAUGAUCAUUCCUGGAGUCUGAGCUGCUCUGAUGAUGUUGGUUACUCUGUCUGGCACAAUGACAGAGAAACUCCUCUCUCCUCCUCCUCUGUCUCUAACAGAGUAGCAGUGUAUGUGGACUGUCCUGCUGGCAUUCUGUCCUUCUACAGAGUCUCCUCUGACUCACUGAUCCUCCUCCACACCUUCAACACCACAUUCACUGAACCUCUGAUUCCUGGAUUUAGGUUCUGGAGGUCCAGUUCUGGUUCCUCUUCAGUGUUCCUGAGCUGAUUUGAGUCUAAAGUUUUUCCUCCUGUUAGAGAAACUCUCUCACUGUUGAAAAGAUAGUUCAGUCUCUACAAUCUAUUUCUUGGUGAAACGAUUCUGAUUGAGUCCUUGGAAACUUUUUCUUCUUCCAGUCCUUCAAUAAUGGAAACUGGGAUUAUUCCAGGAUUAUUCCAGGAUUAUUCCAGGAUCCUCAUGUUUUUCUGUCUGUUUCCAGUCAAAAAUUCACACUGAAUAUCAAGAUGUUGUUUCUCUUAUUUUUUACAUUCAUUCAUCAGAUUUCAUUGAAAUAUUGAUCAGUUUUUCUCAAUCUGAUCAUUUUCUGUUUCUAUCGGCUCCUAUUUUUCUCAACAUGUCAGAUUUGAAUAUUAAAUCUUCUUAUUGUAAA